AUCUGUCGAUUUCCGGUUGUGGGGCGACGUCGUAAGCAUAGCGCAUGCGCGACCAAUAGGCCCCGUCAUCACGUCUUUAGCGCUACGUGUACGUUAUAGAGCUGCGUGUAACAGAGCUGGUGCUAGUGAGUGUUGUACAUUCGGCUUUGUAAAGCUUUAAGAGUCAGACCGUUGUGAUGGAUCAGGUCAUGCAGUUUGUGGAGCCUGGGAGGCAGUUUGUGAAGGACUCCAUCAGACUGGUGAAGAGAUGCACUAAACCUGAUAGGAAAGAGUUUCAGAAGAUUGCCAUGGCAACAGCGAUUGGUUUUGCAAUCAUGGGCUUUAUUGGGUUCUUCGUCAAGCUUAUCCACAUCCCCAUUAACAACAUAAUUGUUGGUGGUUAAACUGUGUACCGGAGACUGAAUUUCUGAACUUCUGCCAUGCUGAGUUUAUUUGUAUAUAAAUUUAAGUAUUACAACUUAUUUGCAAGAAUGUACCACACGGAGUCUCUACCAACACUAUGUAUAAAAACUUUUUACAUAUAUCAAUAGCUUGUUUCUUUUCUUUUUAACUGGUUUGUCAUGUAAUUAAGCAAAUGUUGCUGCACUCAUACACAGAUGCGUACACAUACAUUCAGAGAUUUCAUAUACUCAGUGUAUGAGUGCAGCAACAUACAUUUGGAAAAAGAUGCUUAAUGUAAAUUGUCUGAAAAAAAUCAGAUGAAUUAAAAAAUCCUGCUACUCACAUUAAAAAGCCAUUUAUAACUUC